AGCUGUAGGCGCAACUCCCACCCUUCCAGAACUCUCCCACUCCAAUCCCCUCCACAUCCGAGCCCCAUUCUCUCAUCGCAUCGCAGAGAGAGAGAGAGAGAGGCGUGCGCGCCGACCGAGCUCGCGAGGGUCCGGGAAGAUGGCGGGGAACGACUGGAUUAACAGCUACCUGGAGGCCAUCCUCGACGCGGGCGGCGCAGCGGAGGAAAUCGUCGCCGCCGCGGCGGGCACCGGCGGGGCCGAGGGGGCGGCAAGGGAGAAGCGGGAUAAGUCGUCGCUGAUGCUCCGGGAGCGCGGCCGCUUCAGCCCCGCGCGCUACUUCGUCGAGGAGGUCAUCUCCGGCUUCGACGAGACCGACCUCUACAAGACCUGGGUCAGAACGGCGGCGAUGAGGAGCCCGCAGGAGCGGAACACGCGGCUGGAGAAUAUGUCGUGGAGGAUCUGGAACCUCGCCAGGAAGAAGAAGCAGAUUGAAGGAGAGGAAGCCUCUCGUUUAUCUAAACGACAUCUUGAACGUGAGAAGGCUCAUCAAUAUGCUGCUGCUGAUCUGUCUGAAGACCUAUCCGAGGGAGAAAAAGGAGAAAACAUUAAUGAGCCAUCUAUUCAUGAUGAGAGCACGAGAGCGCGCAUGCCAAGGAUCGGUUCAACUGAUGCUAUUGAGGCAUGGACAAGCCAGCACAAAGAUAAAAAAUUGUACAUAGUACUGAUAAGCAUUCAUGGUCUUAUACGCGGGGAGAAUAUGGAGCUUGGACGUGAUUCAGAUACGGGUGGUCAGGUCAAGUAUGUUGUAGAGCUUGCUAGGGCUUUAGGUUCAACACCAGGAGUAUACAGAGUGGAUCUACUGACAAGGCAGAUUUCUGCACCUGAUGUUGAUUGGAGUUAUGGGGAACCUACUGAGAUGCUGAGUCCAAGAAUUUCUGAGAAUUUAGGGAAUGAGAUGGGUGAAAGCAGUGGUGCCUAUAUUGUCCGGAUACCAUUUGGACCAAGAGAUAAAUAUAUCCCUAAGGAGCAUCUCUGGCCCCACAUCCAGGAAUUUGUUGAUGGCGCACUUGUCCAUAUCAUGCAGAUGUCCAAGGUUCUUGGUGAACAAGUUGGUAGUGGGCAGCCAGUAUGGCCUGUUGUUAUACACGGACACUAUGCUGAUGCGGGUGAUUCUGCUGCUUUACUGUCUGGGGCACUCAACGUACCCAUGGUAUUCACAGGUCAUUCUCUAGGCCAAGACAAGUUGGAGCAGCUUUUGAAGCAAGGGCGUCAAACCAGGGAUGAAAUAAAUCGAACUUACAAGAUAAUGCGUCGAAUUGAGGCUGAGGAACUUUGUCUUGAUGCAUCUGAAAUCAUAAUUACUAGCACCAGGCAAGAAAUAGAACAACAAUGGGGAUUAUAUGAUGGUUUUGAUCUAACUAUGGCUCGGAAACUUAGAGUAAGAAUAAAACGUGGUGUGAGCUGCUAUGGUCGUUACAUGCCUCGUAUGAUUGCAAUCCCUCCUGGCAUGGAGUUUAGCCAUAUAGCGCCUCAUGAUGUGGACCUGGAUGGUGAAGAAGGAAGUGAAGAUAGUUCAGGUUUACCAGAUCCACCUAUUUGGGCUGACAUAAUGCGCUUCUUCUCAAACCCCCAUAAGCCCAUGAUUCUCGCUCUUGCUCGUCCAGAUCCCAAGAAAAAUAUCACUACACUGGUCAAGGCAUUUGGUGAACAUCAUGAAUUGAGAAAUUUAGCAAACCUUACACUGAUUAUGGGUAAUCGUGAUGUUAUUGAUCAAAUGUCAAGCACAAAUGCAGCUGUUUUGACUUCAGUACUCAAGUUAAUUGACAAAUAUGAUCUAUAUGGCCAAGUGGCAUACCCCAAACACCAUAAGCAGUCUGAAGUUCCUGAUAUUUAUCGUUUAGCGGCGAGAACAAAGGGGGUGUUUAUCAAUUGUGCUUUCAUUGAACCAUUUGGACUCACCUUGAUUGAGGCUGCUGCAUAUGGUCUACCAAUGGUUGCUACCAGAAAUGGUGGGCCUGUUGACAUACAUCGGGUUCUUGAUAAUGGCAUACUUGUUGAUCCCCACAAUCAAAAUGAAAUAGCUGAGGCGCUUUAUAAGCUCGUGUCAGAUAAGCAUUUGUGGGCACAAUGCCGCCAGAAUGGUCUGAAAAAUAUUCAUCAAUUUUCAUGGCCUGAACAUUGCAAGAACUAUUUGUCACGGGUUGGUACUCUCAAGCCUAGACAUCCCCGAUGGCAAAAGAGUAAUGAUGCAACUGAAUUUUCUGAAGCAGAUUCACCUGAAGAUUCUCUGAGGGAUAUUCAUGACAUAUCUCUUAACUUAAAGAUUUCUUUGGACAGUGAAAAGUCGGCCAGCAAGGAAGGGAAUUCGACUACUGUGAGAAGACAUAUUGAGGAUGCAGUACAAAAAUUGUCAAGAGGUGUUAGUGCCAGCAGAAAUGUUGGGUCAGGUGAGAAUGCUGAAGCUACCACAGGCUCCAAUAAAUGGCCUUCAUUGCGAUGGAGGAAACACAUCAUUGUGAUUGCUGUAGACUCUGCACAAAAUUCAGACUUUGUUCGGAUUAUUAAAAAUAUUUUUGAGGCAUCAAGCAAUGAGAGAUUGACUGGUGCUGUUGGUUUUGUAUUGUCAACAUCUCGAGCAAUAUCAGAGAUACAUGCUUUGCUAAUAUCUGAGGGCAUAGAAACUAGUGAUUUUGAUGCCUUCAUAUGCAACAGUGGCAGUGAUGUUUGUUAUCCAUCUUCAAGUUCUGAAGACAUGCUUAGCCCUGUGGAGCUCCCAUUCAUGACCGAUCUUGAUUAUCAAUCCCAAAUCGAAUAUCGCUGGGGAGGAGAAGGUUUAAGGAAGACACUAAUUCGUUGGGCAACUGAAAAAAACAAUGAAAGUGGACAAAAAAUAGUUGUUGAAGAUGAAGAAUGUUCAUCGACUUAUUGCAUUUCAUUUAAAGUGAAGAAUACUGAGGCUGUACCUCCUGUGAAAGAGCUUAGGAGGACAAUGAGAAUUCAAGCACUGCGCUGUCAUGUUCUGUACAGCCAUGAUGGUAGCAAGUUGAAUGUUAUUCCUGUUUUAGCUUCGCGCUCACAGGCUUUAAGGUAUUUGUAUAUAAGAUGGGGGGUAGCGCUGUCAAACAUGACGGUGAUUGUUGGUGAAAGUGGGGACACAGAUUAUGAAGGACUACUUGGAGGCGUGCACAAUAUUAUUAUACUAAAAGGCUCGUUCAAUGCUGCUCCAAACCAAGUUCAUGCUGCCAGAAGCUAUUCGUUACAAGAUGUCAUAUCCUUCGAGAAACCAGGAAUUGCUUCAGUCGAGGGAUAUGGUUCAGAUAACCUAAAAUCAACUCUACAGAAAUUUGGUAUAUUGAAAGACUAAAAUUUUGAGCUUGUCUGUCAGCAGAGGAAUCAAAUUAGGGUGGAGAGAAGAGGAGCGGCAGGGCUCCCCCUCUGCUGUUCUACAGCGUCACACCGCAAAUAAUGGGGUUGCUUUGUAUGGCCCUUAUUGUACAUCAGAAGAAUGGUGACAAACUUGGCCCAAUUUCUUCAUAGCAGAACUCAUGUUGUCAUGCUAUUUUGUAACUACGUUGUAAUAAGGCUGAUGUUUACAAACAAGAGCCACGUGCCUAAUAUCAUUUGAAGCUUAAGGAAAAUCGUUAUUUUGCUGAAGCAAGAA